AUGACUGUCCCCAAGGACCCCACCCCCGACUCAAAGGGCGGAUCCGGGGACGCGGCUGUCACCGCAUCUAGAGAUGGGGGGCCCGGGGGUCAGAUCUCAGGACGCGAGAGGACUGUGAGGCUUGGGCCCCGGCCGGCGGGGGACACCCCGAAGCACUGCUCCCCAUGUGUAACCGGCGCCCUGAAAGUCGCCCCCACUACUGCGCCUGGAAGCCCCGCUCGGAACUCGAGCUCGGGGAGGGAAAGAGGCCAUGCCGGCCGCUGGGCUCUCGCUCGACCGCGGAAGGUCAGCUUCCUGCAGGUUGAGCUUCCGCUUCACGCCCGAGACCGCGUUUUCUUUCUGAGCGAAACCUCCGGCUCCGGGAGGCUCCGGGUGAAGAGCCCGGCGGCCGCGCCAGCCUUUCCGGAGGAGCCGCGAACACUCCCGGCGAGUGCGCGCACCUGUCCGCCCCCGGCCCCGCUCCCGCUCGACCGCGCGCUGCGCACCAGACUCAGCCCCAGGAGCUCCGGCCACGGGUUCGCGAUUGCCUCCCGCCCGGCGCCGCUGUGGCCACUGCCUCGGGCGCGGGACCUCGAAAACACGAGGAUGGAAGACCGUGUACACCACCAUGAAUAUGCAAUCCGCAAAGUCCAGCCUGUGAGAAACUCUGGGAGACAAAUGACCCAGAUUCUGAGGAAAAAAAACUCGCAGGAGAACAGAAGGGGAGAGGAAUGAGCAGCAUAAAGAGGCCCAGGAAGCAACUGCUGCCCGGGCUUCAGUGAUCCCGGGUCGGCUGCUGUUUCAAAAGGGAAUUUUCACUUCCAGAAAGAUGCAUGAUGUACUUUUCCUAUUCUUCUAGCCAAGUAAAACUUAAAUCCUGGAAAUCAGAUAAAAAAUAAAUGCACUUUAC